CACGACGGAUGUUGUAGCUGUCCAAUCACACCAAAGGUUAGGAUUUCUCGACCAAUUACGUUGCGGUGUGGGCGGAACGUCUAAGACGUUUCCCUCAUGUUCGAUCGUCAUCAACCCAUGGACUGACUUGUUUGUUGUCGAGCAAGAUGGAGUUCCUUUUGGGAAAUCCUUACAGUACCCCAGUGGGGCAUUGCAUUGAGAGAGCCACCGAUGGCUCUCUGCAAAAUGAAGACUGGACUCUUAACAUGGAAAUAUGUGACAUCAUCAAUGAAACGGAGGAUGGGCCAAAGGAUGCGAUUAGAGCGGUGAAGAAGAGGCUGAAUGGCAACAGAAACUAUAAGGAAGUGAUGUUGACUUUAACGGUCCUGGAGACGGGUGUGAAGAACUGCGGCCAUCGUUUUCAUGCUUUGGUCACUAGCAGGGACUUUGUUGACGGCGUGCUCGUUAAAAUCAUCUCCCCUAAAAACAACCCGCCUACAAUCGUUCAAGACAAAAUACUUGCCCUGAUUCAGGCGUGGGCCGAUGCGUUCAGGAGCAGUCCGGACCUUACGGGUGUGGUCCAAAUCUAUGAGGAGCUCAAGAGGAAAGGCAUCGAGUUCCCCAUGUCAGAACUGGAGACCCUGUCACCUAUACACACACCUCAGCGGUUGGCUGCUGCUCCAGAGGGCGACUCCACCCUACAUAAGUUCAGCACCCCUCCUCAGCCCCCACCACUGGCUGUCCCACCUGCCUACACCACCCCUCAGGUGCCCAGCGUUCCUGCCUCUGGAUCCAUCAAUCCUACAUCUGAGCAGAUUUGCCGGCUGCGCAGUGAGCUUGACGUUGUUCGUGGAAACUCUAAAGUGAUGUCGGAGAUGUUGACUGAGAUGGUCCCAGGACAGGAGGAUGCUUCAGACUAUGAGUUGCUACAGGAGCUGAACAGGACUUGUAGAGCCAUGCAGCAGAGGAUAAUGGAGCUCAUCUCCUGUGUUUCCAAUGAGACCGUGACUGAGGAGCUGCUGCAUGUCAACGAUGACCUCAAUAACAUUUUCCUACGCUACGAAAGGUAUGAGAGGUUUAGGUCUGGGAGAUCAUCGGCUCAGAGUGUCAACAAUGGGGUCUUGAGUGAGGCUACAGAGGACAACCUCAUCGACCUCGGCCCGGGCUCCCCGGCGGUGGUCAGCAACAUGCAGAGCGCUGCCUUGCCUGCCCCAACCAGCUUGCCUCCCACCGUCACAGCCCACGCGGGAAGGCCCUCCUCCCCGGCCACCUUGGCCUCCCGCCUGGCCGGCCUUGACGUGGGCGCUGACAGCGUGAGCAGUACCUUGAGCUCUCUGUCGAGCUUUCAGCCUCCCGUUGGCCAGGAUGACUUUGACGUGUUUGCUCAGACCAGGACCGGAGCUCUGCCUGAAACACACAAGACCGCGACAGCAGAAGACGGAAACGCCUCCGACGGCCUUCCUCCCACUCUGGAUGUCCAACAGCCGACUGCAGGAGCGGGCGUCGGAGGCCAGUCCUCUGUCAUGGAUGACAUAGAGGAGUGGCUGUGUACCGAUGUGAAAGGGGAUGAAGUUGAAGAAGGUGUGACAAGUGAAGAGUUCGACAAGUUCCUUGAGGAGAGAGCCAAAGCUGCAGAGAUGGUGCCUAACUUACCGUCGCCCCCCAGUGGCGAGCCGGGUGCAGCGCAGGGAACCCCCAACCGCAAGAAGCCAGACAGGCCGGAGGACGCUUUGUUCGCCAUGUAGACCUUUGGCCUUCUGAUUCCCCCCCAGCCUAAGACCCGACCAGCCGAGCAGCAUCACCUGAGGACAGACUGACCUGACACUAAAAUACAUCCACCGCCGUUAGGACUUAACACUUUUUCAUUCACACUACAGAUUUGUAAAAGCUCUCCUUUAUGAAAAGGGAAUUAUUCAUGCUCUCCGUUCAGUUCUCAAUAGAGAAGGAAAAACCAAACGAAUGGCCUAUUUUGAUCGUGCCACCAGACGAUGGAUCUCACUGCACAUGAUGACUGGUGUCAGAGACUAAGAGGCAGCCGGCUUUUUCCUCCUUCUUUAAGUGUGAAGAAUCUCCCUCCUCCCGUUGUGGACCGCAGAGCUUCAUGUUGCAGCUAAUCCUCAAGAAGAGAGUUUUAUAAAAGAGUUCUGCUCAUUAGUAGGAAAUCAAUUUCUUACCCAAAGCCCUCAGCAUGCAUUAACAUCACCAUUAUUGAUCAUUUAAGUUUUUAAUAUUAGCGAAACCCCCCGACAGAAAUGCUAUGGUUGUUAUCGCGUAAAUGCCCGUCACAGGCAGCAGUACUGCAUUGCAAGGCAGUGCGAGUUGAAUUGUAAAUCUGUAAAUGACAAAUGUCAAGUUUAUUAGUUGUGUGUGUGUGUGUGUGUAUAUUUAAGAGAAAGAGAUGUUGAUUUAAUGUAGUUUUUUUGUUUUGUUUUUUGGAAAAGGCUUUAUCUUCCAGCUGCUUUGACAAUAGGGAUGUACCUCACUGAGGUCAGCUGUUUCACAAGUAAAAGGGAAUCGUAUACAUCUGAUAAUCUACAAAAACUCAUUUAAAAUGAAGAAGAACGGAAGAUAGUUUUUUUGGUAUUGGCAUAAUUGCGCACAACGCCGACAAACGCGUCCUCAUAACCUCCUCUAAAUCACAUGUUGUGUAUGUCUCUUUGACAAACUUAACCACAGGUGAGAUCACGUUGCGGAGAUUUUAUUCACCUAAAGCUGCUGACUUUAAUUUUUCCAUCUCCUGAAAGAUGCCGUGUAAUUAUCCGUUUGUGUAGAGGCCUCGUGUCAUGAAUUUCCAUGGGGUGCGUUCACAGGGAGUGGUCUUGUUAUUUUUGAACAGACUCCCAGUCAGAGUGGGUCCUACUGGUAGCUGAAGAGACGCACAUGCUGUCGCUGGUGAGUUUUUACUCAUUCGCUGUAGGUUUUAACUCCAUUGUGUUCUGUAUGAUUUCGGACCAAAAUUGUGCUUUCUUCUGGAUGUGGAAGGAAAUUUCUUUGAUAAUUGGGUUGUCGGUACAUAAUCACAUCCCGUCUUUGACUCUGAAUUCACAGCUUAAUAUCCAGGGAUGUAAUGAGAAUGAAAUAUCACACUACAUAAGCUGUUUGCGCAUUAUAUCUGUAUGUUUUUUUUCUUCCCCGCCUUCAUUUCUUUAUGCUGACAUCUUAAAAGGCCUGACCUUUUCCAAAUGACAUUUGUUUUCAGCAAUGAGCUGGCUGCAGACGAGAGUGCUACAAAUGAGACAUUCAUGCAACAUGUUACACAAUCACGACAAGCUUAAAACAAGCGUGCACUUUGACAGCCGCAUUACCUUUCAACCUGUACUGUAAACCAGCUUAACACUUAACCAGAUGUAAUUUAAUGAGAACCGUUUGGAAAUAUUUGAGCUGAAGUGUAGAAAUAAUUUAUUCAGAACUAUUUUUUUCUUCUUCAGAUCAGUAUUUUAAAUAAUUUUAUUGUGCAAAAAGAAAAAUGAGAAAUGUUAAGGGACAGAAGGAGGAAUUGUCAUAAUGGUGUGUGUUUUAGUGUUUUUUUUUGUUAAUGGAGUUCAGAUUUUACUUUUUUUAUACAUUGCUGCUGCCUAAUGUAUGUUUCAAUGUUAUAUGGAUAUUCUUCUUGGUUGAAUUUGUUCAUACAGUAAAAAUAUGGACAUAUAAUUAAGCCCAUCACUGAUUCAUAGCUGCAAGAGAACCACACCAGUUCUCCCAUUUAACUCAUGAAGGAUACAUAUUUGAAUAGUUUCACUCUGAAGUAUUAUCAUAUGGCAAAACAGAAAGGAAAACGUGUUUGUGUGUGUGUUUGCGUGUGUGUGUUUUCUGUAACACAAUUUAUUUUUUAUCUCAGUCGAUUGAAAAAGGGGGGAAAAAAAGAAGCCUACAAAUGUGUGUUUUAAAGAAUACAUGUUGUUACCAUCCUGUUAUAUACCGCCCAGGAUCGACCUGGCUUAUAUCAGCGUGACCCUGUGAUGUGUAACUGAAUCUCAGCGAGCCCCAGACUGUGCCAGUCAUCUCUGUCCUGCAGAGGAACAAUGUGUGUCUUUGUAUAUGUCACUGGUUGAUAUGAAUAGAGAUGCUGAUAAGGGAGGCUGUGCUGUGUGACUGCUUCUUUCCUGAGUUGCCUCAUCUCCCAUUUCUCUUUUGUGUUGUUUUGACUUGUGCAUGAACUCUUAAUAAAACAUUAGCAGUGUGUCCAGCA